UUUCAUAAUGGACUCGCCCAAUUAGAUUCUGAGUCAGGUAGCACCAUUUAAUCUUGGUUAUAAGGUCAACAAGUAGCAAAAGAACAAGUUUUGAGUGUCUGAAAAUUUAGCAACAAGUUUAAGGAUGUCGGAACAAUAAUGAAACGUUUAAAGAUUCUAUGUUUAAGAACAUAAUACAAUAUUAAGAUGGCCCGCUACCGAGGAAGGACUCGCCCUUUUUCUGUACCAACUACACCAGCUAAACAUACAACUGACAAGGAAGAUUCUGGUAUCCACUUAGAUGAGCCAGGUUCACCUGUGCAGAUAUCCCCAGCUAGAUCUCCAGUCUUGACUGCCCCAUACAAAGCUUCCUCAGGGUCAAGGUCAACAAAGUCACCUUUGAACUAUUCAACAAGGUCACCAAGGUCAGGAGGAGAUGUUGUAAGCAUGAGGCAUGGGGUCACUGUAACAAAAGCCCGCCACAAUGAUGUAGACGAUGAUAACAUUUUAAUGGUCAAAAAACCUUCUGUUAAAUAUAGUAUGGCUAGCCCAGUGUCACAAAGAAGUUUAACAGCUGUGACAAAACAAACUGAAGGUUUGAAGUUAAAUGAACCUUGUGAUUUGACUAAGAAACAAGAGGAGUAUUAUAUUCCAAAAUUCAGCAAAAAUAGCAGAGGUGGAAAUAGACCACGACAAAGUUUACCUAUAACAGUUAGACUAAGUGUUGACGAGGAUGAAGGUCUAGAUGUAGGGGACAGUCACUCAGACCUGUAUACAGCUGACUCACAUGACGAUGGUGAGGAGGGUUUAAUCGUUAUAUUUAUGUUAUAUUUUCAGGGUAUCCACUUAGAUGAGCCAGGUUCACCUGUGCAGAUAUCCCCAGCUAGAUCUCCAGUCUUGACUGCCCCAUACAAAGCUUCCUCAGGGUCAAGGUCAACAAAGUCACCUUUGAACUAUUCAACAAGGUCACCAAGGUCAGGAGGAGAUGUUGUAAGCAUGAGGCAUGGGGUCACUGUAACAAAAGCCCGCCACAAUGAUGUAGAUGAUGAUAACAUUUUAAUGGUCAAAAAACCUUCUGUUAAAUAUAGUAUGGCUAGCCCAGUGUCACAAAGAAGUUUAACAGCUGUGACAAAACAAACUGAAGGUUUGAAGUUAAAUGAACCUUGUGAUUUGACUAAGAAACAAGAGGAGUAUUAUAUUCCAAAAUUCAGCAAAAAUAGCAGAGGUGGAAAUAGACCACGACAAAGUUUACCUAUAACAGUGAGACUUAGUGUUGACGAGGAUGAAGGUCUAGAUGUAGGGGACAGUCAUCCGGACCUGUAUACAGCUGACUCACAUGACGAUGGUGAGGAGGGUAAUCAUAAUAAACCAAAGACAAACAAGCAUAUGGAAGUGGACAAAGACCUUUUACGUGUAGAAACUGAAGAAUCUUCAGUGGAAGAUUCGGAUACUGACAAUGUAGAAUUCACUCUCAGCAGCGAAGCUGAGGGUCCAAGUACAGAGCAAAUAAAAUUGUCAAAAGAAAAAAGCUCAAAAAAGAAGAGAAAGUUAAAGAGUUUAUUACCAGCAUUAAAGCGAAGUCAAAGUCUGGGAUGUGACACUAACAAAGUAAAUGAAGAAUCAGGGAUACAAAAGCAUGAUGAUGAAGAGCAUCAAAUAAGGGAAAAGUCACACGAGGAGAAGGAUAUAAGGAGAAUGAUUCACAAAACGUGCAGCGCAGAUGCGGCCAUGAUGGCAAACGAAGUUCUUCCAAUCGAUCCUCAAGAGUUCAUGAGAAACAAACAAAAAUCAUCUAUAGCAAGCAAUAUGCGUAAAAAGUUCCAAAAGUUGAAGAGAAGAAACACUGAUUCCUUACUAGGUGCUGCAAUUUUAAGUGUGCGAGGCACAACAAAGAUUUCCCAUUCGAGUGCUGUUGAAUGGGCAACCUCAUUUGAAGCUCUUCUUUCUGAUAAAAAUGGUAUAGAGAUGUUCCGUCACUUCUUGAAGUCGGAAUUCAGUGAAGAAAACAUUGAAUUUUGGGUAGCUUGUGAGGAAUUCAAAACAGUUCGUACAAACAAGCUGGUCUCACGUGCACAGAAAAUCUACAGUGAUUUCAUAGCAAUCAAAGCACCAAAACAGGUAAAUUUGGAUUCAAAGACUAGACUAGAAACAGUGACAAAUUUGGAAAAUCCAACACGAGAUAUGUUCCGAGAGGCCCAGAAACGUAUACAAUUCCUCAUGGAAAACGACUCGUAUAAACGUUUUAUAGAUUCAGACGCAUAUAAACAUUUGAUUCGUAGAAAUUCCAGUUCUGGUGGAAGAUGAAGAAUCGGUUCAGAACGACUGCUUAAAGCUGCUUCCCUUUUUAUUUUUUUUUAAUUCUGGUGAUGUCCAGAGUAAUAAGCAAAAUUACCCACUGCUUCAAUAAUCAAGGAAAUCCUGUCAAACUAUGAUACUGUGUCUCACUGCCUGAAAUCAAAUAGUAACUAGCAAGUCAUGUGUGUUCAUGUCACAUGACCUUUGUUCAUGUCACAUGACCUGUGUUCAUGUCACAUGACCUGUGUUCAUGUCACAUGACCUGUGUUCAUGUCACAUGACCUGUGUUCAUGUCACAUGACCUGUGUUCAUGUCACAUGACCUAAGGGAAGUGACAUUAUGCUCGUUUUCUUGUUUAUAAGUUGAGUUGAAUUAGUAAUACAUCAUGUAUAUUUCAAAAGAAGCAAUAAUUACGGUGAUUUAAACCAAUAAUUGAUAAAGAAAAUAAUUUAUGAUAUAAUAUAAAAAAAAUACCUAAAUUAUAUGGAUUUUUGGUGUGUGUGUUUUUUUUUUAUUGUAAAAUAUAAAAUUGAACAAAAUUAUGGCAAAAUGUCAAGCUUUCUUUACUUUUACCUGUUCACCGACCAUUUACAUAUGAAUGGGCAUAAUGUCACUUUAAAACAGUUCACAGCUUAUACAAAACAAAUUGUGUUUUCAUUUUACAGUGAAUCACUCGUAGAUAUUUCAAUGAUUCUGUAAGUAAUAUGUUUCCUAAAAUUCAUCAAAUCAUAAUCCUAUAUUUCUUAAUGUACCGGUAAUGAAGAAAUCAAAGAUGAUUGUCUAAAGGAAAUAAAAAUCUAAUUAUUUGGUUAAACCAAUCAAUAGACUGCCCUUAAAAUUUGAUGUAUCUUAAAGUAUCAAUACUCAUUAUGGUAAUUAAAACAAAAUAGGUCAAGGUUUUUUCCUAGAAGAGGAAAAAGAUAGAUAAUAUUUUACUUGGAACAACCUGUAAUGAUUACUUAACAUUUUUAGAUACUUCAGUAACAAAACAAAAUAACUGUUGAAAGUGUAAUAUAAAGUUGAGUAGAUGACAUUUAGUAAAAGGCCAUAUUGAGAAAAGCUCAGCCUGUUGGCAUAGCAACUGAUUUUUCCCAUAAUACCUUGCUGUAUAAUGUUGGCAUAGCAACUGAUGUUACCCAUAAUACCAUGCUGUAUAAUCUUGGUCUGCAUUUAUAUCCUGUUCAGUCUGUACUUGUUUUGAAAUUUUCCCUAAAAUUGAUGAAUGGUUUUGUCCAGAUUAAAAGAUGUUAAAGUCAAUUUGAAAUAUAUAGCUUAAUAAGGCAAUAAAUUUUAGUACAAUGCUCAAAAUUUAUGCAGAAAUUUGUUUGAGAUGUAUUAGCUCAGGCCUUGAAUGAAUAAGGAUUAAAUAUUUUAGAAUUUUCCAAUAUUCAUUUUUAUAUGCCAGAAAGAAUUUCGGACAUAUUAUGUUAUACCCCCUGGCGUCCGUCCAUCUGUUAGCAAUUUGGUUUCCGGAGCAUAACUUAAGUUCCAUUUGGCCCACAACAUUCAAACUUCAUAGGAUGAUUGUCCAUAUUGGUUAGAAGACCCCUAAUGAUUUUGGGGUCACAAGGUCAAAGGUCAAGGUCACUAUUACUUAGAAAUUGAAAACAGUUUCUUGAGCAUAACUUAAGUUCCAUUUAGCCCACAAUAUUCAAACUUCAUAGGAUGAUUGUCCAUAUUGGGUAGAAGACCCCUAUUGAUUUUGGGGUCACAAGGUCAAGGUCAAUAUUACGGUAAAACUGAAAACAGUUUUCGGAACAUAACUUAAGUAUCAUUCGGCCUACUAUGUUUAAACUUCAUAGUAUGAUUGUCCAUAUUGGGUAGAAGACCACUAAUGAUUUUGGAGACACAUGGUCAAAGGUCAGGGUCACUAUUACCUUAGAAUUGAAAACAGUUUCUGGGGCAUAACUUAAGUUCCAUUUUGACCACAAUAUUGAAACUUCAAAGGAGAAUUGUUAACUGAAGGAGGUAAUACUUUAUUUAAUUCCCAUGUCUUACAAAUACUUCAUCUUUACUAAAAAAAAAGCACUUUCGGGCAUAUAAUGCUCUGCCUAGCGGUGCUCUUGUUCUUAUUAGAAUAUAUUUUCAAUUUUAAUUUUGUUUUCAUGGAGUUGGUUCUGAUUCAACUUGUCUCUGUCUCUUACUUCCUGUCUGAUAUUAUAUGCGUAUGAAUAUCAUAUUAUAUCAAUAACCUAAGAAAUUGACUGAAUCUUAAAAGUUGAAGUGGAAAAUUGAUUACAGUUUUUUUUUAUUACUUUUUAUUUUAUGUAGAUUUGAGGGGGGGGGGGGGUCAACUGCAGGUCAACAUAAUCAUAAUUUACAGUGUUGAGUUGUGACACUAGGUAUUCAGAAUACUACAUUGUCUAUCAUCCAUCACAAACCCAGAUAACAACUCCUGAUUUCACCCUUCUUUAUGCAGUCUCUCUCUCCCCACAUAGGAUCCCUCUGCUUUCCUUAAUCUGUCAGAAAUGAAAGGGAAAUUUAACAAACUUGGCUGUCAUCCCUAAAGUCUUCUGUAUUCGAACAUUAAUCCAUCCACUCAAUGUGCUGUGGUAAUUAUUGUUGUGCAAUAUACAGGUAUAAGUCAACUCAUCAUUUCCGACUCAUCCUUUCCAGAAGUUGACUCAUCAUGUCCGACUCAUCAUUUCCGUUGUCUUAAAUUAAUUGCUCAGUUGGAGAUGAUGGCUUAAUUAACAAGUUUCUAACAAAUAUGCGACCAACUGGACAGGUGUAUGACUUAUAUAGUUAAAAAAGUAUGAUCUCCCACGUUAAUAUACGUCAUGGACUGCCAUUAUUUGAAAAUAUGAGAUGAAAACAUGAGGAAAAGAAAUUUUUUCAUUUUCUUAUUUUUCUCCAAAUAUUUGUAUUUGAAUAUUCAGCAUUGUUUCAUUUUGUCAAAUAAAAUUCUCAUUCCUUGUAUUUGCCUUUGUCAAAUCUUACAUAAAACAUGGGUUAUGCAUGCUGUAUUGACCUUGAUUGAAGAUACAUGUGAACUUAAAUCAGUGCUUAAAGACCAGACCUUUUAGACCCUGUGUGUUUUUACUGGUUUUGUUGUACUUUUCAUAGGAUGGAGGAGAGCUACUGUGCUCACCCUGGCGUCAGCAUCUCUAGUUUGGAUCUGUUUUUGCUUGAAAGUUUGUAUCUCAAAACUGCUGAAUUGAAUGGAUUGAAACUUUACACACUUAUUUGAGAGCAUAAUAGGGGUCACUGUUCAAGGCCCAUAACUAUAACUUGGAUAUAUACAGAAUUAUGUCCCAUUUGAACCUAGAAAAUUGUACAUUAUCCAGGCACAUGUUUUUCUAUCAAUUCUUGAGAAUAGUCAAUCAUGCUGACAUAUAGAUAGCUCGAUUUGUUUCCUUGGUUAUAUAAUGCUAUAUCAGAGUUAUAGAGGAGUGUAGUCUUGUUUUGUCCAAAUGUUUUUUACAAGAAUAUUCUAAGAAAAUGAUAUUGCAAUAAA